UCUUGAACUCUGCCAGUCGUCAGCGGUUGUUCCGAGCGGUUGGAUCUCCGGUUUAAGAAAUCAUUUUAAAGUUUAACUUAAUCAUACACUACCUAGGAGACUCGCAAUAAAAUCGCACUUAGGGCCGACACUCAAUUACAAAAGUACGCUGGAAAUUGUUGUGCUAAUUCUGCUGAUUCAUUUCGCUUUGUGGCGGAAGUUUUCCCUUAAUUCCCCUCCCUCUCUCUCUCACCCUCCCCCGUUCACGUGCCACCAUUAAUUUCAAUGUGCACCUGAUUUUUAUCGCAACCGAAAGCCGCCCACCAUUUUUUUCCGGCCAAGUUCGCUUACGCUUGUUACGUUAACCGAGAAUCAAAUAAAAAUGUCCCACCAUUAACCACGUUUGUCAUUUGGCCGGCGAUUCCUCAAUGGGGAAGACCAAAGGAAAAAAAAGAAGCCAACUCCUUUGACGCGCGUGUGUGUGUGUGUGUGAAGUUGUGAUUCGACCUAAUUAAGCAAAAAACAACGCAAAUAUAAUUAACAAAAAUAUUUUAAUUAUACCAGCUGAUGGCGGAAAAAAGCUUUCACUGCAACACAACAGCCAAACAGCCAAACAGCCAAACCCGUUUUCGUACUUAAAAACCUGCGCAUAUACCCGUUGCUGCUCUUACUAUAAGGGACAUAAUAAGAUAUAGUCGGCCGCAUCGCAUCGCAUUCGGCAACUUGUUUAUUUCAAAAUUAUAUAUAACAAACACCAAAAAAAAAAAGCCCCAAAACGGGUAUCUUAUAAAUAGUGCGCUUUGUUUCGGCACUCAGCAACAGCAACAACAGCAAGAUCGACACCCCAACAACAUUGGCUCGCUCUCACUUGACGUAGGUCAGGCCAAAGCUUAGCUUUAACGAAAAAAUAAAAAGAUUCCAUACCUGUUGCCGGCGUUUUGAUCGAUCAAGAAAAAGAGAGGGAAACCGAUAAAUGGGUCUCGACCCAUCUCCAUAGUCACCGAAUACCGCCGAUCGUGUCUCUCAGAAAAAUGCUACACUGGUCCCUGAUAGUCAGCGCCCUGGGCGUCUGCGUGGCCGCCUUGGGCGGCUACUGCGGUUGGGUUCUCUUUCCCAACAUGGUACACAAAAAGGUCGAACAGAGCGUCGUUAUAGCAGAUGGCUCGGAGCAAUAUAAGCGUUUUGUUGACCUACCUCAGCCAUUGAACUUCAAAGUCUACAUUUUUAAUGUUACCAAUCCGGACAGGAUACAGCAAGGUGCCAUACCCAUAGUCGAGGAAAUAGGACCCUAUGUAUACAAGCAAUUUCGUCAGAAGAAGGUUAAGCACUUUUCGAGGGAUGGCUCCAAAAUCUCGUAUGUGCAAAAUGUGCACUUUGACUUCGAUGCAGCUGCCUCGGCUCCCUACACCCAAGAUGAUCGCAUUGUGGCUCUCAAUAUGCACAUGAAUUCUGUCCUGCAAAUCUCGGAGAAUGAUCCUGGCUUGGCCCUGCUCUUGGUCCAUUUAAAUGCCAAUCUGAAGGCGGUCUUCAACGAUCCAAGAUCUAUGUUUGUGAGCACUUCUGUGCGGGAAUACCUCUUCGAUGGAGUGCGUUUCUGCAUUAAUCCCCAAGGAAUCGCCAAGGCGAUUUGCAAUCAGAUCAAGGAAAGUGGAUCCAAGACUAUCAGAGAGAAAAGCGAUGGCAGCCUGGCAUUUUCCUUCUUCGGACAUAAAAAUGGUUCUGGCCACGAAGUCUACGAAGUUCAUACUGGCAAAGGAGAUCCCAUGAGGGUUUUGGAGAUCCAAAAGCUGGAUGACUCUCAUAAUCUGCAGGUCUGGUUGAAUGCCAGUGCAGAGGGCGAAACUUCGGUCUGCAAUCAGAUUAAUGGAACAGAUGCAUCCGGCUAUCCACCAUUUCGCCAGCGCGGGGAUUCCAUGUACAUCUUCAGUGCGGAUAUCUGUAGAUCUGUGCAGCUUUUUUACCAGGCAGAUAUACAGUACCAGGGCAUACCUGGCUAUAGGUACUCCAUUGGCGAGAACUUCAUAAACGACAUCGGGCCGGAACAUGAUAAUGAGUGCUUCUGCGUUGACAAGCUGGCAAAUGUGAUAAAGCGUAAAAAUGGAUGUCUCUAUGCAGGUGCCUUGGACUUGACCACCUGCUUAUCUGCCCCUGUGAUUUUGACAUUGCCUCAUAUGCUGGGCGCCUCGAAUGAGUAUCGAAAAAUGAUACGAGGCCUGAAACCAGAUGCCAAAAAGCAUCAGACUUUUGUGGAUGUCCAGUCGCUGACUGGCACGCCCUUGCAAGGCGGCAAAAGGGUUCAGUUCAAUAUGUUCCUGAAGAGCAUCAAUCGUAUCGGCAUCACCGAAAACUUACCCACAGUCUUGAUGCCAUCCAUUUGGGUAGAGGAGGGCAUCCAACUUAAUGGCGAAAUGGUUGCCUUUUUCAAAAAGAAAUUGAUUAACACCCUAAAGACCCUCAAUAUUGUCCACUGGGCGACCUUGUGCGGUGGCAUUGGUGUGUCGGUUAUAUGCCUGAUAUACUAUAUCUAUCAAAAGGGGCGUGUCGAGGAGCCACCCGUGAAGUAAGAUAUUAAUCAUAGAUCCGUAUUUGUUAUUGAGUGUUAUGUAAAAAUCUAUUUGUUAUAUUAUUAUUAUGAUAAUUAUGGAUGUAACACACGCAGUUUUGUCUACGAAUUUGUAUAUAAUUUAUUUUUUAAAUGUGAUUCUAUUGUAUUGUGAUUUAGCGUUUACUAAAAAAAAAAAACAAGAAAAACUACUACGAAUUAACAAA